AUGGAGGUCGCCUCCCCAGGGACGCCAAAUGGCGUGUCAACGCCAGAUGCGACUACUCUGGUUGACUCCGGCGCGGUGAUUCAGUACCUGAUGGAAGUGCUCCAGGUGACACUGGGUGCGCCGAAGUCCGAGCUGGAAAGCGCUGGGAGCUUGCUCUCGAAUGCUAGGUAUAAUGAUACGGUGCAGCGAUGCACGCGGUUUGCGUCAGAGCCUCAGGUGGCUCUGUAUGUGCAGAAGGACAUCGUGGCCGCCGAAGAGACCAACGGUGAGACUGAGGGUCAAGUACAAUAUGUCUAUAACCUGUCCUCCGAGAUCUCCUCCGCUUCCACGACCGUUGCCUCGGUCGCCUUCAUUAAACGCCCUGCCCCCAUCGACCCGGCCCUCUCGAUGGCAUCGCAGAUUCAAGUAAUGAACCUCCCUGGACUCGCCUCUCUCAACAAUGCCCCCGCUCAGCAGGGUACUUCAAUGUCGCCGUAUCAGAUCCUACACCUGCUGGUACAUCACGGUCUCAGUCCCUACUUCGAAGCGUACACCCGCAACCAAGAAACGGUCGCCGGCGCGAAACCGAGAGCAGACACCGAGGCAAAGACGGGUAUUCCAGGGACUAAGAAGAAGUUUGCGGAGUUGGAGCUGGGUCUCAUGCACCUCCAGCAAAACGUGGAAAUCCCGGCUCUGAAUCUCCCGCUCCAUGAUGUGGUUCAGGCUGCGUUGAAAGAUUCCGAAACACGGGGCAUCCGCGCUUCGGUGGAGCUGAUCCCGUCACAGGUUCUGGAGAGCAGCGCUUUCACGAACAGCAUCCAAAACACUGUGAACGGGUGGAUCAGGUCCAUUCAGACCAUCACCAAGAUGUCCCGUGAUCCUGACAGUGAAUCGGCAUCCCCGGAGGUCAAUUUCUGGUUGUCAAUGGAGUCCGCUCUGGAGGGAAUUGAUGCCCAGCUGCAGAGCGAUGGUGUGAAAUUGACCAUGGACAUCCUCCGCCACGCCAAGCGGUACCAGCCGACUCUCAGCUUUGUCGCGGACACCGGGCUGAAAGAUGCCACCGAGUUGGUCCAAAAGUACAACCAGCUGAUGCGAGACUUUCCACUUGAUGAGCUGCUGUCGGCCACUUCUCUGCAGAAGGUCCAAGAGUCGUUGAAUCUGAUCUUCGGUCACCUUAACAAGAAGCUGAAGAUUUGCCCCUACCCUAUCAAGCGGGCACUUUCGCUUGUCGAAGCCAUUUCGGGAGACUUGGACAAGAAGAUCCACGACCUCAUCAAUGGCCGUACCGUUCUCCACCUGGAUUACCGCGAGUUCCGGUCGUUGAUGAAGAUCGCCCAAGCCAUCUGGCGAACUUGGGACGAGAACUUAAAAGAAUUCACCAACGUUGCGCGUGAUUCUACGCGGCGUCGGAACGAAAAGUUCAUUCCAAUCAAGAUCAAUGCGCGACACGACAUGACUCGUGAACGGUUGAAGUACAUCGACACCUUUCGGGUUAACCAUGAGCAGCUCCAGAAAACCAUCAUCAAUGUUCUUGGUCCGAAGAGUUCGUCUGCCGAGGCAGGGCCUGGGGUUGACUCUGAUGGAGCCGUCAUCGUGGAAGAAAUUGGCGAUGUCGAUGCCGUGGAAGAGGUCGCACACGCCUAUGCAGCUCUCAAGAGCGUGGAUGUGCUUGAUGUUUCGCCAGAGGGAUCUCGAACCUGGGAACAAGCAGAGAUCACUUACAGUGAACGCACCUCGCGCGUGGAGAAUUCCAUCAUUGCACGCUUGCGGGAUCGCCUUGCUACAGCUAAGAAUGCCAACGAGAUGUUCCGGGUGUUCUCCAAAUUCAACGCUCUUCUUGUCCGCCCAAAGAUUCGAGGAGCCAUUGGUGAAUACCAGACACAGCUUAUCGACAAUGUGAAACGUGACAUUUCUGCUCUGCACGAACGUUUCAAGCAGCAGUACGGCCACUCAGAGGCACAUGCAAUGGCCCAGUUACGAGAUCUUCCGCCUGUCUCCGGUGCUAUUAUCUGGGCUCGGCAAAUUGAGCGGCAACUCGAUGGCUACAUGCGCAAAGUUGAGAAUGUGCUUGGAGAAGACUGGCAUUUGCACACUGAAGGCCAGAAACUGCAAUCCGAGGGCAACCUGUUCCGCAAGAAGCUCGACACGCGGCCUAUCUUCGAGUCGUGGCUCUACGAUGUUCAGCAACGGCAUAUUACAAUCUCGGGACGACUCUUCCAUGUUUUGCGCAAUCGUGCCGCAGGAAACAAACUAGAGCUGGCUGUCAACUUCGACGCUCAGAUCAUUGCCCUGUUCAAGGAGGUCCGCAACCUCAUUUGGUUGAACUUCCAAGUCCCUCACGCUGUCAGCAAUAUCUCGAAGGAGGCCAAACGCGUGUAUCCCUAUGCCAUCAGUUUGAUGGAAAGCGUCCGAACUCUUCAGCAGACAAACCGCAGUAUCAGCAUGAUGGUUGGUGUUAAUAUGUUGCUGAAUGGGUACCUGAAUGAGGCUCAGGACAUGGUCGCGAAGGGUGUUCCUCUCCGGUGGGAGUCAUUUGUCCAUUCUUAUGAGCUCCAUGUCAAGCAAUCUGCUCUGGCAAAUGGGGCCAUUGAUUCCGCGAUGCCUAGUCGUACCGAAAGCAAGCAUGUUCAGUUCGUCCGUGACUUUGCCAACUCGGCAUCUGUUCUCCAGUCCAAGACCGCUACCCUGGCUUCAAUCAACGAAAGUAUUGAGAAAUCCAUACUUGAGCUUAGAACGUGUCCGUACGAUGCCGCAUCCUUCAGGCAACGCUUAGACACCAUCCAGGUUGCCGUGGAUAAGCUCAAUCUUGAAAACUAUGUCAACCUUGGUUAUUGGGUUUCUCAGCUCAACAAUAGGAUUGAGAACAUUCUUCGCGAGCGACUUGAUCGUGCCAUUCGCGGCUGGAUCAGCACCUUCCAGGAAGCCCGGAACAACCCGCCGGGAGUCACUCAGAUUCAACUUGGCAGCGGUGACUCAGACGGUAUAACCUCCAACAUUGCAUUCCCGGAGCUUUUCCAUGAGAUUUCCAUGCAGAACCAGGUUCUCCACCUCGAUCCGCCUCUGCAAUUCGCUCGUGCAAGCUGGUUCUCGCACUUCGACACCUGGCUGGGAGUGAUCUGUAAUCUGGAGAAGAUCAAAUCGACCCGCUAUCAAAUCUCCAUCGAGGUGCAGAAAGUUCGCCAGUCCGAGGCCUGUUUCGCCGAUCUUCCGCAACAUUGCACCCAAGAGCUCAACCAAGUUUAUGGUGUUGUUGAAACCAGAAUUAAGGAAGUCUCGGAGUACGUCGACAAGUGGUUGCAGUUCCAGUCGCUUUGGGAUCUGCAGUCCGAGCAGGUGUACGAUAUUUUGGGUGACGACUUGUCCCAAUGGCUCCAGCUGCUCCAGGAGAUUCGCAAGAGUCGGGCUACAUUUGAUACAUCCGAAGUUAGUCGAUCGUUCGGCAACAUUAGAAUCGACUAUGAACAAGUCCAGACCAAGGUGAAUGCCAAAUAUGACCAGUGGCAGCAUGAAAUUCUCUUGAAAUUCGGCGCGAAGCUUGGUGGUCGUAUGAGAGAAGUCCACUCUGAAAUCGCCUCUGCACGCCGCGAUUUGGAGGGGCAGACUCUGGAGGCCUCCUCAACAGCACACGCAGUGUCUUUCAUUACGAUUGUCCAGCAAUGCAAGCGCAAAACCCGUGUUUGGGAGCCAGAAGUUGACCUCUUCCGCCAAGGUCAAACUACCCUCUCCCGCCAACGCUACCAAUUCCCUAGCGACUGGCUUCACGUUGAAAAUGUCGAUGGAGAAUGGGCGGCACUGAACGAGUUGCUCGCCCGCAAGAGCAAGAUUGUUCAAGACCAGACCGAAGGCUUGCGCGCGAAGAUCACGGCUGAAGACCGUGUCAUCAGCGACAAGGUUGCUGAAGUCAUUGCUCAAUGGAACGAGGAGAAGCCAGUCUCCGGAACCAUUCCUCCCGAUGAAGCAUCCCGAACACUGAGCUCCUUCCAGUCGCGCCUUGAGUCGCUCCAGUCUGAGUUUGAAAUGGUGUCCAAGGCGAAGGAGGCUCUCGACCUUCCUGCUAGCGCCGAGUCCUCGCUUCCCGCCAUUCUUGAGGAGGUCCAGGACUUUAUGUCUGUCUGGGCCGCGCUGUCCACUAUCUGGAAGAGUCUCAAUGAUCUUCGAGAUGGGCUGUGGACUAGCGUGCAGCCAAGGAAGCUUCGUCAAGCUCUUGACGGUCUGAUCAAGAUGACCAAGGAGAUGCCGAGCCGAAUGCGACAAUACGCUGCAUUUGAGCACAUCCAAAACGUUCUUCGGCAGCUGCUGAAGGUCAAUUCCCUUCUCUCUGACAUGAAGUCUGAGGCUGUCAAGGAACGACACUGGCAAAAGAUCUAUAAAUCCCUGAGACCUGGAAAAAGAUUCUCUCUUGUGUCUCUUACACUGGGCGAUGUCUGGGAUUUGCAGCUUGCAGCCAGCGAGACCGUCAUCCGCAACAUCAUUGCCCAGGCUCAGGGUGAAAUGGCAUUGGAGGAGUUCCUGAAAUCCGUUCGUGAGACAUGGCAGAACUAUUCCUUGGACCUGGUAAACUACCAGAACAAGUGCCGUCUUAUCCGUGGCUUCGACGACCUCUUUGCCAAGUGCAGCGAGAACUUGAACUCUCUCCAAGCCAUGAGGCACUCACCGUACUACAAAGAGUUCGAAGAAGAGGCCGCCUCCUGGGAAGACAAAUUGAACAGAGUGCAUGUUCUCUUCGAUGUCUGGAUCGAUGUUCAGCGACAAUGGGUUUACCUUGAAGGUGUCUUCACCGGAAACGCUGACAUCAAGCACCUUUUGCCUCUUGAAUCGGGCCGUUUCCAGAACAUCAAUUCCGAGUUCUUCGCUGUCAUGAAGAAGGUUUACAAGUCGCCGUAUAUUCUGGAUGUGCUUGCCAUCAACGGGGUGCAAAAGUCUCUCGAGAGAUUGGCCGACCUGCUUAACAAAAUCCAGAAAGCUCUUGGUGAAUAUCUCGAGCGUGAGCGUGUCUCUUUCCCUCGCUUCUACUUUGUUGGAGACGAAGACUUGCUGGAGAUCAUUGGUAACAGCAAUGACAUCUUCCGCGUUGCUAAGCAUUUCAAGAAGAUGUUUGCUGGAUUGUCGGGUCUUGUGAUGGAUGAUGACAACAACAUCGUUGGGUUCACCUCGAAGGAAGGGGAAGAGGUCCGUUUGAAGAAAGAAGUCAAUCUUGUCAAGACCCCCAGAAUCAACGACUGGCUCUCUGCGCUGGAGACCAACAUGAAAUUAACUCUGGCGGAACUCCUUGCCGAGGCUGUCGAACAAUUUGACACGCUCUACACUGCCGUUGAUGUCGACCGCACUGCUUUCAAUGACUUCCUCGCCAGCUACCCUGCCCAAAUUGUUGUCCUUGCCAGCCAGGUUGUCUGGACAAAUGCAGUACAGAAGUCUUUGGAAGAUGGCGGUUCUAAUCUCCCGGCACUGUAUGAUGCGCAAGUCCGGAUCCUGGAAUUGCUUGCCGCUACCGUUCUUGGCGAACUGGACGCCAUCACCAGGAAGAAGUGUGAGCAUAUGAUCACGGAGUUCGUUCAUCAACGUGACACCAUUUCCAAGCUCAUCCAAGUCAAUGCCACGACUCCCACGCAUUAUCUGUGGCUGCUCCAGAUGCGCUACGUCUACCAACCGGAAGGCGAUUUCUUGCAGCGUCUCUACGUGCACAUGGCCAACGCCAAGCUCAACUACGGAUUCGAGUAUCUGGGUGUUCCCGAGCGUCUUGUCCGCACGCCACUCACGGACCGUUGUUUCCUCACUCUCACCCAGGCCCUGUGCCAGAGACUUGGUGGCUCUCCGUAUGGUCCAGCCGGUACUGGAAAAACCGAGUCAGUCAAGGCCCUGGGUCUGCAACUUGGACGAUUUACCCUCGUCUUCUGCUGUGAUGACACCUUCGAUUUCCAGGCCAUGGGCCGUAUCUUCCUGGGUAUUUGCCAGGUCGGCGCUUGGGGUUGCUUUGACGAAUUUAACCGUCUGGAGGAGAGAAUUCUGUCUGCCGUCUCUCAGCAGAUUCAGAACAUCCAGAUUGGUCUGAGAAAGGGCGAAGAUGAGCAGUCCCAGAUUGAACUCGUUGGAAGAAGGCUUGCCGUCAACCCCAACACCGGUAUCUUCAUCACCAUGAACCCUGGGUACGCUGGACGAUCAAACUUGCCCGACAACUUGAAGAAACUGUUCCGCAGUGUUGCCAUGUCCAAGCCCGACAAGGAGCUUAUUGCGGAAGUGAUGCUCUUCUCCCAGGGUUUCAAGCAAGCCAAACCUUUGUCUAAGCAGACGGUGCCAUUCUUCGAUCACUGUUCCUCACAGCUUUCCAAGCAGGCGCACUACGACUUCGGUCUUCGUGCAUUGAAGAGUGUUCUCGUUAGUUCGGGUGGUCUCAAGCGUACCCGCCUCGCCAACGCCGAGGGAGAACUGGGCCCUGACGAAGUCAUUGAGCCCCAGAUCAUCGUCCAGAGUCUCCGUGAAACCAUUGCUCCUAAGCUCGUCCAAGAGGAUGUUGAACGGAUGCUGGAAAUCCAAGUGCAAGACUUCCCUGGCGUGGACUAUGUGCCUGCCAACUUCGAGAAGCUUACAGAGGCAAUUCGGGACAUUGCUCGUGAACAGCACUUUGUUGACAGCGAGAUGUGGAUCACGAAGGCGCUGCAAUUAUACCAGAUCCAAAGCAUUCACCAUGGUGUCAUGAUGGUUGGCAAGUCUGGAUCCGGCAAAUCGGCCGCCUGGAAGAUCCUUCUUCAGGCGAUGCAGCGCAUCGAAGGUGUUGAGGGUGUCUCGCACAUCAUUGACUCCAAGGUCAUGUCAAAGGAGGCCCUUUACGGUAACCUUGACAGUACCACCCGAGAAUGGACGGAUGGUCUUUUCACCGGUAUUCUCAGAAAGAUCGUCGACAACCUUCGAGGAGAGGACGGUAAACGACACUGGAUUGUUUUCGACGGAGAUGUCGACCCUGAAUGGGUUGAAAACCUGAACAGUGUUCUGGAUGACAACAAACUACUGACUCUUCCCAACGGAGAGCGUCUCAAUCUGCCUCCGAACGUUCGCAUCAUGUUUGAAGUCGAGACUUUGAAAUAUGCCACGCUCGCCACUGUUAGUCGUUGUGGUAUGGUGUGGUUCAAUGCCGAUACUGUCACUCCUUCCAUGAUGAUCAGCAACUACGUUGAAAGUCUUCGAACGAAAACCUUUGAGGACCUGGAUGACGAUAGUGCCCCGGCAGGAACGGCUGCGGUCCGUACUCAGGACACCCAGGAAGGGCUUUCGACCAUUCUCAAGCAGCUCCUUGGAACCGAUGACCUUGUCCUUCAGGCACUGGAAGAAGCCCAGAAAUACAAGCAUAUCAUGCAUUUCACGGACAUUCGUGCUCUCAACACCCUGUUCAGCUUGCUGAACAAGGCCUGUCGCAACGUUCUCGAAUACAAUGUUCAGCAUGUCGACUUUCCUCUGGACCAAGAACAGAUCGGAUCCUACAUCUCCAAGAAACUUCUUCUGGCAAUGGUCUGGUCUUUCACUGGUGACUGUCCGCUUGGAGACCGCAAAGCCUUUGGACAAUACGUCUCUGGAAUGACAACCAUCGAUCUCCCAUUGGAGGCAGACUCGUCCCUCAUUGAUUUUGACGUCACUCUACCGAAGUCCGAGUGGACGACCUGGCAGUCGCAAGUACCUUCCAUCGACAUUAACACGCACUCCAUCACCCAAACCGACGUUAUUAUCCCAACAGUGGAUACCGUUCGACAUGAGGAUGUGCUGUACUCUUGGCUCGCAGAGCACAAGCCUCUCUUGCUUUGCGGUCCGCCUGGAUCUGGUAAAACCAUGACCCUUUUCGCGGCUCUCAGGAAACUGCCCAACAUGGAAGUUGUUGGUCUCAACUUCUCCAGCGCUACUACCCCCGACCUUUUGAUCAAGACCUUUGAGCAGUACUGCGAGUACAAGAAGACACUCAACGGUGUGGUCAUGUCUCCGAACCAGAUCGGGCGUUGGCUUGUAAUCUUCUGUGACGAAAUUAACCUUCCCGCGCCCGAUCGGUAUGGCACACAGCGUGCCAUCACUUUCCUGCGACAGCUUGUAGAACAGAAUGGCUUCUGGCGCACUUCUGACAAAACCUGGGUGACACUGGAUCGCAUUCAAUUCGUUGGCGCUUGUAACCCGCCAUCAGACGCCGGCCGUACGGCAAUGGGAGAGCGUUUCUUGCGCCACGCGCCUUUGAUCAUGGUCGACUACCCUGGCGAGAUCUCUCUCAACCAGAUCUAUGGCACGUUCAACUCCGCAGUCCUCAAGAUCCUUCCCCUUUUGCGUGGCUACUCGGAAGCCCUGACCAAGGCUAUGGUUCAAUUCUACAUCGAGUCCCAAUCCAGGUUCACUCCAAAGAUUCAGCCCCACUAUGUCUACUCGCCUCGUGAGUUGACCCGGUGGGUGCGUGGUGUCUAUGAGGCUAUCAAGCCUCUCGAAAGCCUUUCAAUUGAAGGUUUGGUUCGGAUUUGGGCCCAUGAAGCCUUGCGUCUCUUCCAGGACCGACUUGUGGCCGAAGAAGAGCGGGCUUGGACCGCUGACGCUGUCCGGCGCAUUGCCUUGGAGCAUUUCCCUACGAUCAAUGAUGAGGAGGCACUGAAGGGCCCGAUUCUCUUUUCGAACUGGCUCUCCAAGAACUACGUGCCCGUUGAGCAAGAGAGUCUUCGCGAGUUCGUCAAGGCGCGCUUAAAGACUUUCUGUGAAGAAGAAGUUGAUGUUCCUCUGGUGCUGUUCAAUGACGUUUUGGAGCACGCACUGCGCAUUGACCGGGUAUUCCGCCAACCUCAAGGUCACCUGAUUCUCAUUGGUGUCAGCGGAAGUGGAAAGACCACUUUGUCUCGUUUUGUCGCUUGGAUGAACGGUUUGAAGGUCUUUCAGAUCAAGGUCCACGGGAAGUACUCUUCGGAAGAUUUCGACGACGAUCUGAGGAGCGUUCUCCGUCGGGCAGGAUGCAAGGGCGAGAAGAUUUGCUUCAUCAUGGACGAAUCCAACGUCCUUGACUCUGGUUUCCUGGAACGCAUGAACACCCUACUCGCCAACGCCGAGGUCCCCGGUCUGUUCGAGGGCGAUGAGUUCUCUUCUCUGAUGACUGCCUGUAAAGAGGGAGCCCAGCGCCAGGGUCUGCUGCUUGAUUCGCAAGAGGAGCUCUACAAGUGGUUUACUCAGCAGAUUGUCAAGAACCUGCAUGUUGUGUUUACCAUGAACCCGCCAGAAGAAGGACUGUCAUCGAAGGCAGCCACCAGUCCUGCCCUGUUCAACCGUUGCGUGCUCAACUGGAUGGGCGAUUGGUCCGAUCAAGCCUUGUUCCAGGUCGGCUCGGAGCUCACGCAGUCAGUCGAUUUGGACAAGCCCAAUUUCGUCUCGCCCGACAGUAUCCCUGUGGCAUACCGCGACCUGGUUCUUCCAACAUCGCACAGAGACACUGUUAUCAACUCUAUGGUGUACAUUCACUACUCCUUGCAUCGCUUCAACCAGCGCCUACAGAAGCAGCAAGGUCGGACCACUUAUCUCACUCCUCGCCAUUACCUCGACUUUGUUGCCCAGUAUGUUAAGCUGUUCAAUGAAAAACGCGAAGACCUUGAGGAGCAGCAACGACACUUGAAUGUUGGUCUUGAGAAGCUUCGUGAUACAGUCGACAAAGUCAGUGAUCUGCGGGGCAGUCUCGCCCAGAAGAAGACGCAGCUGGAGAAGAAGGACACCGAGGCAAACGAGAAGCUGCAGCGCAUGGUUGCUGAUCAGCAAGAGGCGGAGCAGCGGAAGCAGGUCUCUUUAGAGGUGCAAGCCGCAUUGGAGAAACAAGAGAAGGAAGUGGCAACCCGAAAAGAGGUUGUCUUGAAUGACCUGGCCAGAGCGGAGCCUGCGGUGAUGGAAGCACAGAAGAGUGUGAGCAAUAUCAAGCGUCAGCACCUCACCGAAGUUCGAUCUAUGGGCAACCCUCCGGCUAGCGUUCGACUUGCGCUGGAGGCCGUGUGCACGCUCCUUGGUCACAAGGUCGACAGCUGGAAAACCAUUCAGGGUAUUGUUCGCCGCGAUGAUUUCAUUGCCAGCAUUGUGAACUACGACAAUGAGCGCCAGAUGACACGCAGCCACCGAGUCAAGAUGCAGAACGAAUUCCUGUCCAAGGAAGACUUCACCUAUGAGCGAGUCAGCCGUGCUAGCAAGGCGUGCGGUCCGUUGGUGCAAUGGGUUGAAGCUCAGGUCAACUACUCCGAGAUUUUGGAUCGUGUUGGUCCUCUGCGGGAGGAAGUCGAUCAGCUCGAAGAGCAAGCUCUGCAAACCAAGGCCGAAGCCCAGGCUAUCGAGAACACCAUCCAAGGCCUCGAGGGCAGUAUUGCUACCUACAAGAACGAAUAUGCCGCCCUCAUCAGCGAAACCCAGGCUAUCAAGACGGAGAUGUCCCGGGUUCAAUUCAAGGUCGACCGAAGUGUUCGCCUUCUCGACAGCUUGGCAUCCGAGCGUGAGCGAUGGGAGGAAGGCAGCAAGUCCUUUGAAACCCAAAUCAGCACCCUCGUCGGUGAUGUUCUCAUCGCCGCUGCGUUCCUGGCGUAUGCUGGUCUCUACGAUCAGCAGUUCCGUAAGGCGAUGGUUGACGACUGGGUCCACCAGCUGGCCCAGUCAGGCAUCAACUUCAAGCCGCACAACCCCAUUACGGAAUACUUGUCUAAUGCCGAUGAGCGCCUGACCUGGCAAGAGAACUCUCUUCCUGUGGACGAUCUUUGCACAGAGAAUGCCAUUGUCUUGAAGCGGUUUAACAGAUACCCUCUUAUCGUCGACCCGUCCGGUCGUGUCACGGAGUUCCUGCAGAAAGAAAGCAAAGACCGAAAACUAACUGUUACGAGCUUCUUGGAUGAUUCCUUUGUCAAGCAGCUGGAGAGCGCCUUGCGUUUCGGAAACCCCAUUCUCAUCCAGGAUGCUGAGCACUUGGACCCUAUUCUUAACCACGUUCUCAACAAGGAAUACCAGAAGACCGGAGGUCGUGUUCUGAUUCAGCUCGGCAAGCAGGAGAUCGAUUUCUCGCCAUCUUUCCGGCUCUUCCUCUCGACCAGAGAUCCUUCCGCUACGUUCCCACCUGAUGUGUGCAGUCGGACUACCUUUGUCAACUUCACGGUCACCCAGAGCAGUUUGCAGACGCAGUCUCUCAACGAUGUGUUGAAGUUCGAGCGACCCGAUAUUGAUGAACGCCGCAACAACCUUGUUAAGAUGCAAGGUGAGUUCAAGGUCCAUCUCCGACAACUCGAGAAGCGCCUGCUGCAAGCCCUCAACGAAUCUCGGGGUAACAUUCUCGACGACGACAAUGUCAUCGAGACCCUCGAGACACUGAAGAAAGAAGCUGCCGAAAUCUCCAAGAAAAUGUCCGAGACCGAGGGUGUGAUGUCCGAAGUUGAGAAUAUCACCCACAAGUACAGCAUCAUUGCCCGAGCCUGCAGUGCUGUCUUUGCGGUUCUGGAGCAGCUUCACCACGUCAAUCACUUCUACCAGUUCUCCCUCCAGUACUUCGUCGACAUCUUUAACUCGGUCCUCUAUCAGAACAAGCGCCUCGCCCAGGAGAAAGAUCAUUCCGCACGUGUUCAAAUCAUCAUUCGGGAUCUUUUCAUCACCACAUACCAGCGAACCUCAUUGGGUCUUGUACAGAAGGACCGCAUCACUCUUGCGAUUCUUCUCGCCCAGGCGACUCCAUUCCCCAUGGACAGGACUAUUCUCGAUAGCGUCCUGGACCAGACCGUCGAGGACCAUGAUCUUUCAACCACUGUGGACGCCCGCGACCACGUCCUGAACAAUUUGGCCAACAUGUCGCUGUUCAAGCAACACAUCCCCAGCGUUUCACAAGAGCAAUGGGACCGAUUCUUUGGCGAAGAACUUGCAGAAAACGCCGUUCCGACUGUUUGGGAUGAAAAUGCCUCGCAGCUUGACCAGCUGCUUCGGUCCCUGCUUCUUGUCAAGUUUUGUCGCAUGGACCGAUUCGUUCCCACGGCUGAGCGCUUCAUUGAAGCCGUAUUCGGCCGCGAACUUUUCGAAGGCAGCAGUGACCUGAAGGACGUGGUUGACCAAGUUUCUGCGACCAUGCCGAUUUCCCUCAGCUCAAGUCCAGGCUUCGAUGCUAGUUACAAGGUUGACGCGCUGGUUGAACGUACCCAUGCUACCUGCGCCAACAUCGCCAUGGGUUCCAACGAAGGUCUCGAGAGUGCCGACAAAGCCAUCAGCAACGCCGCUGCGGCAGGCAACUGGGUGCUGGUCAAGAACGUUCACCUGGCGCCUUCGUGGCUUCAAAGUCUUGAGAAGAGACUGGAAUCGCUUAAACCACACAAGGAGUUCCGACUUUUCCUUUCUAUGGAGUCCAGUCCCAAGAUCCCGGUCAACCUUAUCCGCGCAUCGCGCGUGCUCAUGUACGAGCAGCCCGCUGGUGUGCGCGCCAACAUGAAGGAUUCUCUGUCAUCCUUGAACGUGCGGGCCAGCAAGGCUCCUGUCGAGAAGGCCCGUGUCUACGUCUUGCUUUGCUUCUUCCACGCCGUGGUUCAGGAACGACUUCGCUAUGCGCCGAGUCUAGGAUGGAAGGGCUUCUGGGAGUUCAAUGAUAGUGACUACGAAUGCUCCGCCUACAUCAUUGACCAUUGGGUUGACACUGUCGCCCAAGGCCGCUCCAACGUCGCUCCUCAAAAGCUCCCUUGGGAAAUGAUGCGCACCCUCAUCGCUGAAAUGUACGGCGGUAAGAUCGAUGACGCCGCCGACUUCCAGCAGCUUCAGGACCUGGUGACCAGCUUCCUCACCCCAACCGCCUUCGAAGACGAGUACAAGCUCGUCUCGGGCAUCGAGAAGGACGAGUUCUUGACUCUGCCCUCCAGCACCAGCCUCCGAGAUUUCAACGAGUGGGUCAACAACCUGCCCGAGCGAGAGCCGCCAACCUACCUGGGUCUCCCUGCCAACGCCGAGAAGUUGUUACUGGUAGGCCACGGCCGCAAGAUGAUCUCGGACUUGGCUCGCUUGACUAAUCUCCUGGACGAGGGCGAGCAGCUGAUGGUUGAUGCUUAA